AUGCUAACGGGGCAGCUGAGCAAGCCGCUGCUCUCCCUCAUGCGCGGCGACAUGAGUGCGCUGGAACUCGGCGGCCGGGCCGACGACAAAGUGGCCGGCAGCCCCGACAGCGAGCUCCACGACGAGGCCAUGAUACUGCCGGCCGAGGGGCCCGACCGAGAGGGGACGCCGGGAAAACUGUACGGAGCCCGCGAGAGUUCAGUCCAGUCAGACAUCAGCAGCAGUCCUUCUGAGCAGAGUCAAGUGGGGCAGUCUCAUCCGGGGUAUCCCGCCAUGGGUCCGCAGUGUACCUACAUGCAGUCUCUGCUGGUGGCCCAGCAGUUGGCCAACGCUGUGGGCGGCGUGAUGUCCGGGGCAGCCGCGGGCAUGAACCAGCCCAUCCUCAUCCCCUUCAACGCUGGCGGCCACCUGGGCGGCCAGCAGGGUUUGGUGCUCUCGCUACCCGCUACCAACCUCCAGAGCUUGGUGGCCGCGGCCGCUGCCGGCGGCCUCAUGACGCUGCCCCUACAGAAUCUGCAAGCUACCUCAACUCUCAACUCCCAACUCCAACACCUGCAGCAGCUCCAACAGAUGCACCACCAUCACCACCAGCAGCAGCAGCAACAACAACACCAUCACCACCAACACGUCCAGAACCAAGUUUCAUCCCAGCACCAUCACAUGACCCCGCCUAGUCAGCAGCAGUCCUCUGUGCCGUCGCCGGGUUCUGCAUGCUCCUCUACAUCUGGGCAACCGCCACAGUCGCCGCCGUCGCACCGGCCGAACCAGUCGCCCGCUCGGAGCUUACCGUCACCUGUCACGCCACCCAUGCCUCUGCCGCCACUGAACCCUCUGGCCAGUCAGGUGGCGGCGGCCGCCGCCAUGGGGUCUCUAGCCGCCGGCUCGCAGGUGUUCGGCAACGCCCUGACCAACCUGCAGGGCGGCGGAAGUGGAGGGCAGCUGGUGACCAACGCGCAAGGACAGAUAAUUGGAACAAUUCCACUGAUGCCCAACUCGGCAGGACCCUCCAGCCAAUCAGGGGGCAGCAACCCAGCUCUGCAGGUGCCGCCGAUUACCCCGCAGCUCCUGACCAACGCUCAAGGCCAGAUCAUCGCCACGGUGAUCGGCAAUCAGAUCCUGCCUGUCAUCAACACCCAGGGAAUCACGCUGUCGCCAAUCAAGCCCGGACAGCAGUUCCCUAAAAGCCAGCAGGGCCCGGCGUCCUCGUCGCCAUCUUCGUCGUCCUCGCAGCCCGGCCUGCUCCACGCGGCCCACCGGCACAGCCCCCUCCACCAGCCCUCUUCGUCCUCGUCCAGCUCGUCUUCGUCCUCCGCGCUCAGCGUGGGACAACUAGUCAGCAACCCCCAGACGGCUCCCAGCGAGGUGGACGGCGUCAACCUGGAGGAGAUCCGCGAGUUCGCCAAAGCCUUCAAGAUUCGCCGUCUCUCCCUGGGCCUGACCCAAACCCAGGUGGGUCAGGCCCUCAGCGCCGCCGAGGGGCCCGCCUACAGCCAGUCCGCCAUCUGCAGACACACCAUCCUGAGAAGCCACUUUUUCCUACCGCAGGAAGCCCAAGAGAACACGAUAGCUAGCAGUCUGACAGGCAAACUGAACCCUGGCCUUUUAUAUCCUGCCAGGUUUGAGAAGUUGGACAUCACCCCUAAAAGCGCCCAGAAGAUUAAGCCGGUUCUGGAGCGCUGGAUGGCGGAGGCUGAGGCCCGCCACCGGUCCGGCAUGCAGAACCUGACCGAGUUUAUCGGCAGCGAGCCCUCCAAAAAGCGCAAGCGGCGCACCUCGUUCACGCCGCAGGCCCUGGAGAUCCUCAACGGCCACUUUGAGAAGAACACGCACCCGUCGGGACAGGAAAUGACCGAGAUCGCCGAGAAGCUCAACUACGAUCGCGAGGUGGUGCGCGUUUGGUUCUGCAACAAGCGCCAGGCGCUUAAAAACACCAUCAAGCGUCUCAAGCAGCCCGACGUGCUGGGUGGCGGCGCCGCGCUGCCGCCGCCCGCCCUGGACCUUGGGGACCCGCUUCGCGACAUCCCCAAAUGA